AAAAAUUAAAAAGAAGCAACUACUAGGGAAGGCACUAAUUAACUUCUAUUAUCUUUUAUUUCAGUUUUUGGAAGUCUUAUUAUGUCUUGUUUGUUCUAUGUUCUUCCUUUUGAAACGCAUAGUGAAAGAAAAUGGUUGAAAAUAUGAAGAGAAGUAGCUUUGAAGUGUUGGGAAUGUGCUGUGCUACAGAAGAAGCACUGGUUGAAAGAAUUUUGAAGCCUCUUCGUGGAGUCAAAGACGUCUCAGUGAUAGUCCCUACAAGAACAGUCACUGUGGUCCAUGAUGUUCUCUUGAUUUCUGAGUCACAAAUAGCCGAUGCACUGAAUGCUGCAAGGCUUGAAGCUAGUUUGAGACUACAGGGAGAGACUGAUAAUGAAAAGAAAUGGCCAGAUUUAACUACGAUGGUGUGUGGCUUGUUACUAGCACUUUCUUUCUUGAAGUAUGCAUAUCAACCUUUGGGAUGGUUGGCACUUGGUUCUGUUGUCAUUGGCUUCCCUAAGGUUCUACUCAGGGCCAUAGCUUCCAUAAAGGCUCUUACUCUUAAUAUCAACAUUCUGGUUCUAUUGGCUGUGUGUGGUACUGCUGCUUUACAAGAUUUUUGGGAGGCUGGAAUCAUCAUAUUCCUAUUCUCCAUUGCUCAAUGGCUUGAGACAAGAGCAACUCACAAGGCAAUGGUUGCUAUGUCCUCUUUAACAAGCAUGGCUCCUCAAAAGGCCGUUAUUGCUGAAACUGGGGAACUUGUUGACGUCAAUGAUGUUAAGAUCAACACUAUACUUGCAGUCAAGGCUGGUGAUGCUAUUCCUCUUGAUGGAAUCGUGGUGGAAGGAAAGUGUGAAGUUGAUGAAAAAAUGUUAACAGGAGAAUCAUUACCUGUGACCAAGGAGUUAGAUUCAGUAGUAUGGGCUGGAACUAUUAAUGUGAAUGGAUAUAUAAGUGUAAAAACUACUGUUUUGGCAAAAGACACAGUGGUGGCUAGAAUGUCAAAACUUGUUGAAGAAGCUUCUAGCAGAAAAUCUCGAACACAAAGAUUCAUAGAUCAUUUUGCGAAGUACUAUAUUCCUGCUGUCGUCUUGAUUUCUGCUAGCAUUGCUGUGGUUCCAGCUGCAUUAAAAGUUCCUAAUAUUAAGCCUUGGUUUCAUCUGGCAAUUGUGGUUUUAUUGAGUGCAUGCCCUUGUGCUCUCAUCCUCUCCACACCUGUUGCAAUCUUUUGUGCUCUCACAAAAGCAGCAAUAAGUGGAUUACUAUUGAAAGGUGGAGAUUAUAUUGAAACACUUUCUGGAAUUAAGACAGUUGCUUUUGAUAAAACGGGCACAAUAACAAGAGGAGAGUUCACUGUGACAGAUUUUUCUGUUUCUGUAGAUGACAUUAGCAUUGAAACUUUACUGUACUGGGUUUCAAGUGUUGAGAGUAAAUCAAGUCAUCCUAUGGCAGCUGCACUAGUGGAAUAUGGAAUGUUGAAUUCUGUCAAGCCAAUCCCUGAAAAUGUGGAGAAUUUUCAAAAUUUUCCAGGGGAAGGAGUUUAUGGUAUAAUUAAUGGGAAGGAUAUCUAUAUAGGCAAUAGGAGAAUCGGUGCUAGAGCUGGCUCUGAAAGAGUUGAUUGUCGCACGCAAUGUCAAAGCCAUGAAAUUUCUACCCCGAAGCAAUACUGUGGACCAACUCUGGUUGGAGUCUUCAGGUUAGCUGAUACAUGCAGAUCAGGGGCAUUGGAGGCAAUAGAAGAGCUAAAGUUGUUAGGUGUGAGAUCAGUCAUGCUAACUGGAGAUAGCUCUCAGGCUGCUAUGUAUGCUCAGAGUCAGUUGAACCAUGCUCUAGACAUUGUUCAUGCAGAGCUUCUACCUGCAGAAAAGGCAGUGAUCAUCGAGAAUUUCAAGAAAGAUGGGCUAAUAGCCAUGAUUGGAGAUGGCAUGAAUGAUGCUCCUGCAUUAGCCACAGCUGACAUCGGUAUCUCAAUGGGAAUAUCAGGUUCAGCUCUUGCAAAUGAAACAGGCAAUGCAAUUCUCAUGUCGAAUGACAUACGAAAAAUACCUGAAGCCAUUCGACUAGCAAGAAAAACUACUAGAAAGCUAAUUGAGAAUGUCAUUAUUUCAAUUGGCUUCAAGAGUGUCAUACUUGCAUUGGCAAUUGCAGGAUACCCUAUAGUCUGGCUUGCUGUGUUGACUGAUGUUGGGACCUGUCUACUUGUUAUUCUCAAUAGCAUGUUAAUUUUACAGGAGAAAACUAAAUAUGAAAGAAAAUCUACAAGUUCCAAAUACGGAACUUUCUCGGAAGAUAUGACCACAGCUCUACUUGACAAGAAAAGUAAUAGCAAUGAGAACAAAGCAGUUCUCUCCGCUGAAAAGUGUGGUAAAGAUUGUUGUAAAAACGACACUUAUUGUGAAGCAACUACAAACAAGAAUGAAUCUUCUGGACUUUCAAAGUUGAGCUCACUGAAGGGAAACCACAAUGGGAACUUGGUAUCUAUCGAAGUGCACAUUGUGAAACCUUGCAAUGGUUGUGGUCUAGGCAAAGUCAAAAUGUGUGAGGACUUCUCAUGCAGAACAAAUAAUAGUAGCUCUGAUUGUUGCCAAGAGCAAUCUAAGACUGAGAAAAGUGACACUGGUUCUAUUGUUACACAAGAAGCUAGCAUUGCCACAUUAGAGUCUGAUGGCUAUAAGGGCAAGUCUAUGGAUAUUUCAAAGUUGUCUGGGACAAGUGUGACUCCCAAGUGUUGCAAGAACUUGUGCUGUAAUGAUAGUGUUAACAAUAUUAGUAACCUUAGCCUUAGCCAGCCCGAAAUUGUUAUCGAGUGAUUCUGAUUUCUGCAUGGGGGAGUGAGUAAAAUGUUUUAUUUAUUGAUUUAUUUUAAAUCCAAAAGAUGUGAGACUUAAAACCCAAGGAUACAGGAACAGCUCCAAGAAUAUUACUGAUCUGGUUUGAAAACUUGUAUAAGUUUCAAGAAUUGUGUUGCAGAAUAAAUUCAAACUAUACAUUAUGUUUUUAGUAAUUUA